CCGCCCGGCCCUCCCAGCCUGUCCGCACACAGUGACAUUGCUCCAGCCGCACACAGUGACAUGAGUGCCGGGCUCGGCCGCCUGCUCCGGGCGGGGGGGGACACAUGGCCCCGUGUCCUGGGGAGCCUGUCCAGCCGGGCCGGCCUGCGCGGGUUUGUGAAGAGGAGCAAUUUAAUGCAAGUGGACCCUUCAUGGAGAUUAUCACCAGCUUUGUCAUGCCUUGGGUCUAAACCGCCUAAAGGAUUUGAGAAGUUUUUCAAGAGAAAUAAAAAGGAUUCGAGCACUGAAACCCCAGAAAACGUAACAGAAAAGGAAAACGAUUCUGGGUCACAAGGUAGCAAUGGAGGUAGCAAGAAGGAUGGCAAGAAGGAUGAUACAUUAUGGUAUCGGCGGCUGCAGAAGGGUGACAUCCCUUGGGACGAUAAGGAUUUCCGCAACUUAUUAAUAAUGGCUGCUGGACUUGCCAGUGGAUUUUUCAUGUUUUAUUUGCGAGAUCCUGGGAGAGAAAUCAACUGGAAGGAAUUUGUACACCUGUACCUUGCCAGGGGAGUGGUAGACCGGCUGGAGGUGGUGAACAAGCAGUUUGUAAGAGUGAUUCCGGUACCAGGAGCCACUACCGAGAAAUAUGUCUGGUUUAACAUCGGAAGCGUGGACAGCUUGGAACGCAAUCUGGAAGCUGCGCAACAAGAAUUGGGAAUAGAAACCGCGCAGAGAGUUACAGUCAUAUAUUCCUCCGAGAGCGAUGGGUCCUUCCUAAUGAGCAUCAUCCCUACACUCCUCCUGGUGGGCUUCCUUCUGUUUUCCCUACGGAGGGGUGCCAUGGGGCCAGGCCGGGGGGGAAGAGGUGGUGGAUUAUUUGGGGUUGGAGAGACGACGGCCAAGAUGUUAAAGGGCAACAUUGAUGUCAAAUUUCGGGAUGUGGCUGGAUGUGAGGAGGCAAAGCUUGAGAUAAUGGAGUUUGUGAAUUUCCUUAAAAAUCCCAGACAGUAUCUGGAUCUUGGAGCCAAAAUUCCCAGGGGAGCUAUGCUUACCGGCCCGCCAGGCACCGGGAAGACCUUACUUGCUAAAGCCACAGCUGGAGAAGCCAAUGUUCCUUUUAUCACCGUCAACGGCUCUGAGUUCCUGGAGAUGUUUGUUGGUGUUGGUCCAGCCAGGGUGCGAGACAUGUUUGCGAUGGCUCGUAAGAACGCGCCAUGUAUCCUUUUCAUUGAUGAGAUUGAUGCGGUUGGCCGGAAGAGGGGGAGAGGAAACUUUGGUGGGAACAGUGAGCAGGAGAACACUCUGAACCAGUUGCUGGUGGAGAUGGAUGGGUUUAAUUCCAGCACAAACGUGGUAAUCCUUGCUGGCACAAACAGACCGGAUAUCUUAGACCCAGCCCUGAUGAGACCAGGACGAUUUGACCGUCAGAUUUACAUUGGGCCGCCUGAUAUAAAAGGAAGAGCAUCAAUUUUUAAAGUGCACUUACGUCCAUUGAAGCUGUCUGACAGUCUGUGUAAAGAUACUCUGUCCAGAAAGCUGGCCUCCCUGACACCAGGGUUCACAGGAGCCGAUAUCGCCAACGUGUGCAAUGAAGCUGCUCUGAUUGCUGCCCGUCAUCUGAAGGAGAACAUAAUCGGGAAACACUUUGAGCAGGCCAUUGAGCGUGUCAUUGGAGGAUUAGAGAAGAAGACUCAGGUCCUUCAACCAGCAGAGAAGAAAAUUGUGGCAUACCACGAAGCUGGACAUGCUGUGGUUGGGUGGUUCUUGGAGCAUGCUGACCCCCUACUUAAGGUUUCUAUUAUUCCUCGUGGGAAGGGCUUGGGUUAUGCCCAGUAUCUCCCGAAGGAGCAGUACCUGUACACACGGGAGCAGCUGUUUGACCGCAUGUGCAUGAUGCUCGGAGGACGUGUGUCUGAGCAGAUCUUCUUCGGCCGCAUUACCACAGGGGCCCAGGAUGACCUGAAGAAAGUCACGCAGAGUGCAUACUCACAGAUUGUGCAGUUUGGGAUGAGCGACAAGGUGGGCCAGGUAUCCUUCGACCUUCCGCGUCAGGGAGAAAUGGUAGCGGAGAAACCUUACAGCGAGGCUACGGCAGAGCUCAUAGACCAGGAGGCACGGAAUCUAAUUAACACAGCCUAUGAGAGGACUCUGGAGCUUCUAACUAGAUACAAAGAGCAGGUGGACACGGUUGGGAAGCGACUUCUGGAGAAGGAAGUGCUGGAGAAGUCGGACAUGAUUGAACUAUUGGGUCCAAGACCGUUUGCAGAGAAGUCUUCGUAUGAAGAGUUUGUGGAGGGGACAGGCAGCUUUGAGGAGGACACCUCGCUUCCAGAUGGUCUGAAGGACUGGAACCAAGAGGUGACAGAGGAUCAGGAGCCAAAGAGACAGGAGAACACAUCCUAACAGACUGCAAUGGACUCUCCAUUACAAUGUUCCUAAGUGGGAGUUUCUUCUCAGGGACGAUGUUUGCUUUAGAAAGGGGCCUGAUCGUUCCCUUUAUGUAUGUGUAACAUCUUACCGGCAGUGCCUCAAGACAACUUACCACUGCUGGAUUCCUCCUUCAUUAGAGCACUUUGUGACACUCACAUCAUGGUAAAUGUGGGCUAAAGCUCAGUUCUGGUACCAAUCUGCGAUGUUGUGCUACACGUGGGAUAGCUGCCUGGCCAAGAUAUUAAAUAUUAUGUCAUGAGCUGUAUUUUCACUUCGACUCCCAGACGGCUGAGCUAUACCAAUAAAAUGAUGAUAUGCA